AAAUGGGCACAUUAACGGACAGAUUGUCGGCUCGUUAGGUUUGAUUGGCUUCUGGCUAACAGCGAUCAGAAAUCCGCAAUAUGGCCAAAAUGCUGCUGUGUCGCUGCUGUUGUCAUUAGUUGUCCACAAGCGAGAUGUCAAAUGGCAAGUGAUUUGUGGGACAAUCUGGCCGGUGCGGCAAGUGAAUCGAAGAUGCAACUUGGAACCGAACUCGGAUCAAUGCCUACUGGCUGCCUAUUCCCCGGAGAGCACUUCGCAAUUAGCUUUACAUAACCUGACCCACUCAAGACUCAUUCGUGACCAAGGAAAGUCAGCUGCGUACAGCAAAGUCGUGUGGCACUUAUUUUUCGGGGGACCCGUCCGUUAAAAGUGAUAGCUGAGAAAGUGUGAGGCUCCAGAAUAAUUUGGCCUUAAAUUAAUCCAGGCCAUAGUAGUCACGCCCAAACGCCUCCGCCUGGAGCUUAUAAAAAGCAUAUCACUUGCGAUUCAAUCAGUCAGUUAUUGGUCAAAAUGUCAACCAAGCGGAUCAUAGCCCUUUUUGGAUUGUUAGCCAUCCACCAGACCCACGCGGAUGUGUCGCACUUCUUUGCUUCGCCAUUGGAACACUACGGGAACUAUCUGCAUGGCCAAGCGCCUUUCCAGGUGGCACUAUCGCCUCCGAACCUAUACGGUCCCCCGCCUGCUGCUCCCGUAACUCCUGCCCCAGUGGCUGCUUUGCCUCCUGUGGCCACCACCGAAUUCAGUCUGCCGGAGAUCAUCGAGAACCGCAGUGUGAAGAUUCAGGGAUCCGGACAUGGCAACUUUAUACCUCUGAGUCAGCACUACCUACCGCCAGGUGUGGAUGAGCGACCCAACUACGAAAGCCCCAAACCAAGCGAGGAGACUUAUCCAGCUUACUACUAUCCGCAACCGGGAGGCAGCAUCAUUACCACCUCCACACCAACCACUACCACCACUUCGAGACCCAUCAUUGUGCAAGAUCCUGGAGAGGAUGUGGAGACGAUACACUCGCCAGGCUACGACUAUCAUGCCCCAGUGGCUGUUCCGGUUGUUCCCCAGAAGCCAUCCACUCCUGCACCGGUUUACCUGCCACCCGGUGAUGGAAACCAGGACCAAAAUCAACUGAGACUCCGGCUCAAGGACAUGCGCUGCCUUUCGGCGGGCUACUUCCGGGCUGUUCUGAAGUUGGACAGCUUUUUGGGAGCAGCACCCACUGUGGACCAGGACAACGACGAUCAGCAGGACAAACGCUGCGAACUGCGGCUGUCUCGAAGCUUUCUGCUCUUGGAUAUUUCUGGCGAGAAUUUCGAGCGUUGUGGUGUGAGAACCUGUGGCCAGGAUCUUUGCCUGCGUCUGCGAUUCCCCGCAAUCAGAGGGCUGAGAACCAGUGGCGAUUCGAUCCUAACCCUACACUGCAAGGCUCAAGAGCGAGUGGCUGUGAAAACGCACGCCCUGAAAAUGGGCGUGGCCAAUGAUGUGCAAGCCCGCAGUGAAGGUAGCUACGCCCAUGGCGGAGAUCAAAACGCCUUCCGCACCCACGUGGAGCUGUUGAGGAAAGGAAGCACUGGAUACACCCGUCACCUGGAAAGCAACGGCGCCGUCCAGUUGGGCGAAGAGCUCCUCCUGAGAGCCCACGUUCUGGCCGGAGAUGGCUGGAACUACACCAAACUCAGUGACGUCCAGCUGCAGAGAAUCGCAACCGGAGGAGAAAUCCUCAACACGGUGCAGUUGGUCAGUUCGAGGGGCUGUCUAAAUCCCGCCAUGCUGGCCAUCUGCGCCCAUCCACCCAUCUCGGAACCUCCGCUCGGCCAGAGACUGCACUUCAAGGCGGUCAUGUUCCCGGGCAUGCGAAGUGGAGAGGUUCUGGUCAUUUCCAUGCGCAUCACCGGCUGUCUGGAACGCGAGGAUUGCCAGGUGACGGCCCAAGAUUGCUUGCCAUCGGUGGGCCAACGGAGGCGACGCAACGUCUCACACGGCAAUAGCACCGAAGUCUCGGAGCUGUCGCAUCUCACCUUCCGGGUGAUAAUGCCUGGUGAAGAGGAUAUAUCUCUGGAGGAGCGGGACAUUGGGCUAGGAGAUUCGGUGGUCAGAGAGACAUCCAAAUCACUAGCUCUCUUUGGGAGUUUGGGAUUUGUGGUGAUGCUCCUGGGUGUUGCUGUUGUGGCAUUGUAUAAAUUUGGAAAGUAGUGGAAUUUGACUCGAACUAAAAAUGUGUACUAAUGAUCAAGCCAACACCCCUAUUAAAAGUUGAACAAUGACCCUAGGCGUUUAGUUUUAAAUAGCUAAUUUUGAGGGACGCUUUAAAUGUUUUUAUUUCCCACAACUUGAACCCACAACCUUUCAUGACUAAUACGUCAAAGUGAGCCAAAAUUUAUUGUUAGUUGGAAAUAUUCAUUUAUAAGUUAAAAUAAAUUACCCUUUCACUCAUCUAUCUCAAGUAUUGUGUGUUCCCCUUGUAACCUGACCCAUCCAUUAAAAGCAGUCACAAAUAGCCAUCCAUGGCAAUCGUAUCUGUAUCUGAGGCGCCAAUCUGGACCUGACUUUUAUAUAUCUGGCUGCCAAGUAAAUUGACCGAUCGCCACUGCGGAAUGAACAGCGAGCCAGUGUUUGCCCAUUUCGAGAUUAAAACAGAAAUUAGCACUUAAUAAAAUGUAAUUUAUGUUCAUGUCGCCGGUGAUUGAGCGGGCCUGAGAAUAAAAUCCAAAAAAUACAUUUUCAAAAGCGCGAAAAGCCAGUAGGCAAACCAAGUAACUGACUGAUUUCCAAACUGCGCGCGCAAAUCGCAAAUUGCGAACUGCGAUUUAGUUAUGGCCAGAUAGUUGAAGCCAAAACCGAAAUUUUAUCACGUUUUCACGCUUCGAGCGCGGCUAAUGAAACCUCGUUCGCAGUCGAUUUUUGGCUUUGUUAUUUGGUGCAAUUUGUUGUCGGUUUUCGUACACUCGUAUGAUAAUCCAUCCAUCUGGUGGCCGACAGUUUGCGCUUAAUGGGCAUGAAAAUCGCCGCCAAUUAGCCGUUGAUUUCAGCCACGUUUGCUCGAUGGGUGGUCAAAAGUCUAGAGUUACAAUUUAAUUACUCAUUGGGGCUUCAGGAGAUGGAGAUACGAGUACGUUGGUAUUUCGGAAUUCGUUUGCUAGUUGGGUGGCGUUCGGAUAAAUGGGCAUCGUUUGAAUCUUUUAGCUUGAAUGUUUAAAUCAAAAAAUAUAUAUUCUUUAUCUUUGGAAAUAUAAAUAUUUGUGCUUUUUGACUAUAAUUAUUCUACUAUAACACUCUUAAGUCAUGGAAAUACCAUCCCUAGAUUUUAAUUAGUUCUAGAACCAAAACUCCCUGAAUAUAAUUUCAACUGUGUUUUUAAGGAAUUUGCUUCACCUUACUCGUAUAAAAGCGAUCAUAAAAAUAUUCGAAAAUUACGUUCUAUUUACUGCGGUAAUUCCCAUAACUCUAGCUGGCCUUUUGGCAUUUUCGUUGACCUAACCCAAGCGUAAGAGGCAUUCCCACAGCUGAGAUCAUCGACAGCUCGGCGAGAUGCCCCCAAUUGCAUCCCCAUCUCCACUUUUGGGGAAUGUGGCGCGAUGUUUUGCAGGCUUUACCCGCAAUGUUGGCUAAUUAAUAAUCCCGACACGUUCCGGCUCGAACACAAAUACAAUUGGGGGGCCAAUUGGGGGGAGGUGGUAAUCUUGGAGGGGGAAUCUUGGCGCUUGCAGGCAAGGCUACUUUGUCUUUGUCGCCUAAAUGGCAGGCAAAAUGUUUGCCGAACAUAAAUUAAUGUCGUCCCCAACUGGCGCUUAAGUUCGUGUUCGAUUUGGCCGCAAUCCACUGUACUCCUCUGUAAAGUGGAGUCGCAGUAGAGCUCCCCAGUGGACCGCCACUCAUUUCUUUCGCCAAAGUGGCUGCAAUUUACACUCUUCAUUCAGCAUCCAAAUCGGACGUGUGUGUGAGUGUGAGUGUGUGUGUGUGGACCUGGCCAAAACAAUUUUCAUGUCUGCUUAAAUUACCGACUACUUAGUGCCCAGUUUAGCAAUGCCUAAUAAAUAUUUAUGAGCGCACUUCAUUUUAGCCAAGUUUCAAUGGACAAGCAAAACGCAGUUCUAUGAAUGGACGUCGAUGUUCAUGACUGCCAUCGCCGAUUUCGCUGCUCAUUAAAGGAGUCGCCAACUCAAAAGGUUCCGAAAGGGAGCAGAUCGAGUUAAUUAAAACAUUAUGUCUGCUACUGAUGGAGCAAUAAAUGGGUAAUAUUUAGUCAGAAACGGAAUAAGCAACUCUCCAUCCAACUUUAAUUUUACAGAAACGGUACGGGAAACCGAGAAUUUAGAUAGAAAAUCUCAAACUAAGCUCAUAUAAGAUAAAAUCCAUUUUAGAUAUACAAUUUACUGAAAAAUGAGUUUCUUAUUAAAUAAAGAGCUCUUUAUGUAGCAAUUAGAAAAUGCUUGACAAAAUAAACAGCUUUCUUUUUUAAAUAAAAUUACCACUUUGGCAAUAAGUUUAAAACGAAAUCUUAAAAUAUAUAAACUGUAGGAUUAUACUUCUUAUUACUCUAGACAUCUAUUUAUAUUUAUAAUUUCUAGGUCAAGCGUUCCUUAAUUUUUAAUAAUUUCAAUUUGAUUCCUAUUAUGCCUGAUCUUAACUUUUUUCAACCCUGUUAUUAAAAGGUACAGAAAUAGCUUUUGCAGUCUUAUAAAGCCCAUCCAUUUAACAAGUUCUCGCCCGGCGAUUCCACGUAACUAUUGCAAAUUAAUUGGAUUACACAAGCGGUUAUUUAUUUAUGCACAAUUAGUGCAGCACAACGGCCCUCUCAACACCCAAUUGUUAAUGCUCUGCGAUUGGCCGGAGUGGCACAAAAAUAUAACUAAAUCAACAUCUCGGAGUCGGCGAGUUGCUCGCACUCAUUAGCAACUUUUAUUAGCCAAAAGUGUCAAAUGCUUUAUCUCGGGCUUGGAUUGGCCCAAACCGAGUUGCCUUUAAAGCGUCGCCAGGCAUUUGAGUUCGUUUGAUUCCAUUUCGUUUUUUGUUUUGCCAACUUUAUUGGCCGCUCGACUCGUUUUUGUGCGUUUUGCUGCGUUUUUAGCAUUGUGGGCAUGUUAACAUUUGUGUUAUUGAUUUUUUACAACAUUUGACAGUUACGCGGACUCGGAUUGGAAUUUCGUAUAUCUUUUUGUGUUUUGUAUUUUGUAUUUCUUAGCUCGCUUUUGAGGCGAAUUCGGAGCGCAUGACAAGCGAUUUGGAGCAAUUUGACUUUCGACUGCCGACUGCUGAUUGCUGAUGGCUGAUUGGUUAAUCAAAUCUGAGUUCAUUAAAUUGCCAUUUUUACAUUUAAUUGCAUAUUUGAUCGCCGGACAGCGCUGACAGUGACAGCGCAUAGUAAUACUAUAUCAUAAACGACACAUAAAGUGCUUGAAAAUACCGUCAUUUAUUGGAGCCGCAAUCUUGCGGUUUUACUGCUUUUUCUGUACUAUUAUUAUAUCUCUAUUUUUUGUUGUGUUUUGUGCUUAUUUUUGUGGCCACUCGCCACUCAGCUCGAAUGGAAAUGGGAAAUUAGCAGACGCUAAAACGCCUCUGUUUGACAUCGUUUGCAAUUGGAAAUUUACACCACCCUCAGGCGUUACAGGUGGCAAACAUUGUUCAGUUCAUUAAUUGUUGAUUUUGCACUUUUUCACUUUUUUACCCAUUCAGCCAGCCACCAAUGUGCGUCAUUCAAAUCGAACGUGCACAGCGUUAAAGCCAAGUUUUCAUGGGCCCAAGGGAGGGGCGAGGGGCUACAGCUGCUUUUCGCCAGUUAAUUGCAUUUACUUCCAGAGACUUUGAUCCGAUCUUGUUCUACAUCCCUUAAACAUUUGUACAGAUACGAGUACUUCGGAAACGGGUGUCGCAAUUGAGGAAUUGUUGGGGUUUUUAUGCAUAACAUAAAGCCACUUUUUAAAUUAAACUAUUGCAUUUAGAUCUGGAAUUUAUACCAUUUUUUCUAUUCUGAAAUUUAUUUACGAACUGUGCAAAAUUCAUUGAUAUGGGUCAUAACGAAAACCAAACUGACCUUUAAGAUUUUAUUUGUUUUAUGACUAGAGCUCCACCUUAAAUGAUUCGAUACACACUUUCGAUCCGAUACACCCACAAAGUGUCACAUUUCCCAUCCAGAUCUCUGGGAUACAGCACCAACAUAUGAACAUACGAACAUACAUACAUAUGUAUAUUAUUAAACUUUGCUCAAAAAACUAUAAAUAAUUUCCCCGAAUAGACCCGGCAAAUCAAAGUGUCCAACGCCUUUGUCAAUAAACAUUUGUCGUUCCACUAAUUGCCAACGUAUUUCGUCGCUCGUCGAGCAACAAACAAACAGAAAAGCAUUAAAAAACGAAAAGCAAAAGCAGAAAAAACAGAAAAAACCAAAUCAUUUAUGGCAAAGUCAAUUGCGCUAUUGCUAUCUCUUUCGGCGGUGUGGGUGGAGGCAUUACGAAGAUUAUCCAGCAAUAGCAACAACAAGUGCAACACACACGCACACAGAAAACAACGAAAUUUAAUUAAAUUAAAAUUGCGGUUGGCCUGUUUCUCCUUCAGCUGCUGCUUCUUUAUUCCGGUUAAAAAGGGCGUUCAACUCAAGUCGAAGGGUUUUAUUUUGCAAUUAUUGAUAUUUUGAUAUUUAUCCGUACCGCUUUUGACACUUAUUUAUGUUUACGUUUGCGGAGUGACCUUUAUCUGUUUAAAUUUUCUGUGUUUUGCCAUUAUUUGUAAUAUUCACAAUGGCCUGUAUUGUAUUGAAUUACACAUUUUUAUUAUUCACUGGUGAUAUUUACUUUUAUUGGCCUAUAACACGUCACCAUUUCAAAAGCCUAAUGUUGAUGUUUGAAGAAUAUUUAAAAUAAACAAAUAAUGUGUGUUUGAAAAGCACUCUGACCCGCUGACAACUAAUUAUUGUACAUUUAUUUAGUAUUACAACUCCCUUUAUCACAUAUUUGGCUUAUCACAUAUUUGGCAUCGGAUCGCAUUGAUACGGAUGUUUAUCUUUGAUUGUCGGAUGCGCCAUUUGUGCUGAUAGUGAUAAUGGGUCAUUUGUUAUUAUCUAUUUCAAUUUCAGUUUACGAUGAGCGAAUAAUAAGGCAGAACUGUUAAAUUCCAGCUGUGCGGCAUGGAAAUU